GGCAGUGUUUCACAGAGAGAGAAAGAGACAGAGACCAAGGAGCCAGCAACCUAGAACCCUGAUUGUGGGGGGUGGGGGCUGACUCACUUGGCCCCCUCCCUGGUGCCGAUGGGGCAACCCCCACACCCCUGGGCGCUGGCACCGAGUCAGGCCCCACAGUUGGGAACAAGAGAGAUGCGGCUCUACUGUGCCUGACCCAAGUCGGCUGAGAAUGUACCCGGAGCUCAGGGACCGCUUGGUCCCCGUGCCGCCAGGCGAUGUGUAGGCAGCGACCCCCCACAGCAGGCUCACUCCGGCGGCCGCCUGCUAGGGCCACCCUGGCCACGGGCCCGCCGGGACGCCCCUGCUCGCCGCGCCCCUCCCCGGGCUUAGGCUCUUCCCCGGAGCCUCGCAGUAUUUCCUUCCUGCACCUUUAAGAAGACCGUUGCUCCGUGGUGGGAUGGUGUGUUAAAGCCACACAGAGGAAGUUACGCAGCCCGGAUCAGACCGGGAGAUAAAAGCCCCGAUGGUGACCGUGAGUGAUGGCAAGAGGAUUUAGCCUCGGCAUUAACUUGGAGCGGAGUGCAGGGGGGCGGUGAGGCGCCCCGCCAUCUGGCCGGCGCCGUGCCAGGGGGAUGCUCGGGCGCCUGGUCCAGCAGCGACGAAGCCCACCCGGACCGGGGGUUGAGUGGGGCGAGCGUACAGGUCCUCCCCUGGCUGCCCAGGGGCCCCCAAAAGUUUGCACUUGUUAGUAGCGACCUCCGGCUCGGCCGGGCGGGCGAUGAGGGCGGCGCAGUUGGCCCCCUCCCCUGGUCCGCGUCUCCGGGACGGCUGCGGGCGGGCCCCCUGGAGGCCCGAGGGCUCCCCAGCCCCGAUCUGACGGCGGUCACCGCGGCGGCGCGGGGCAGAAGUCCCCAGCUCUCAGUCCUGCGGCCCGUGAGCCCACCCAGCGCCCGCCAGAGGGUGGCGGUCUCCGGCCUCUUGGGGCUCGCUCCGGGAAGCUGCUCCAAGCCGGGGGGGAGCAGAAGCAACGGGAAGGCGGGAAGUGGACCGCCGGAUCUCGGGGCCGUCCGCUUCAGAGUGUUGCUGCUAAUGAACGCAGCCUCGAUCUUCUCCCUUUACAAUGAAAGUCAGGCCAGAGCCCAAGUACCUGGAGGUAGAGAGAGCUGAAGCCUCAGGAAUUUCCCAAUAAGUGGCCAAUGGCUACUAGCCAAGGCUGGAGGGCCGUUAUGCAGUCGUGUUGAGCGCACCACACAUAGAGGGCCCUUUAAAGACCUGGAUUGAUUGGAAGGACAAAAAUUAAAAGCAACCUGAUACAGCCCCAUGACGGAUCCCUUCGGAUUUCCUCCUGAUCCCAUUUCCAUCCACUGUCACAAUUUGAGAGUCUGCCCGAUUUGAUCAGCUUCACCUCCAGGGGAGGUGUAAUUCCAAGGUUAGGAGGACGCCAAGUUACAGGCAACUUUUUGAUCUGCCCAUCAGCAGCCUGAGAAACGCUGGCUCUGGAUUUUCCAUAUCGGCCAUUUGGAAAACACAAGCUCCCACCGUCGGCAAACCUGCAGUGCUCAAGUCUGAUACAUCCCAGCCACCGUUGCCUAGUAGAUGCAGCAUUUCCAUGCUGAAGCCCCGAGUCCCCCCUGACCCCACCGCCACCUCUCCAGUGCCCCUCUGGGCCCCACCCAUUCUGACUGUACAGCCAUGCUGCACCUGCUGGCCCUCUUCCUGCACUGCCUUCCGAUGGCCUCUGGGGACUAUGACAUCUGCAAAUCCUGGGUGACCACAGAUGAGGGCCCCACCUGGGAGUUCUACGCCUGUCAGCCCAAAGUGAUGCGCCUGAAGGAUUAUGUCAAGGUGAAAGUGGAGCCCUCAGGCAUCACGUGCGGAGAUCCCCCUGAAAGGUUUUGCUCCCAUGAGAACCCCUACCUGUGCAGUAACGAGUGCGAUGCCUCCAACCCCGACCUGGCCCACCCACCCCGGCUUAUGUUUGACAGGGAAGAUGAGGGACUGGCCACCUACUGGCAAAGUGUCACGUGGAGUCGCUACCCCAGUCCACUGGAAGCCAACAUCACCCUCUCCUGGAACAAGAGUGUGGAGCUGACGGACGAUGUGGUGAUGACUUUCGAGUAUGGCCGGCCCACUGUCAUGGUCCUCGAGAAGUCCCUGGACAAUGGCCGCACCUGGCAGCCCUACCAGUUCUAUGCGGAGGACUGCAUGGAGGCCUUCGGCAUGUCCGCCCGCCGAGCCCGAGACAUGUCACCCUCGAGUGCCCACCGGGUGCUCUGCACGGAGGAGUACUCACGCUGGGCAGGGUCCAAGAAGGAGAAGCAUGUGCGCUUCGAGGUAAGGGACCGCUUUGCCAUCUUUGCCGGCCCUGACCUGCGCAACAUGGACAACCUGUACACGAGGCUGGAGAGCGCUAAGGGCCUCAAGGAGUUCUUCACCUUCACUGAUCUGCGCAUGCGGUUGCUCCGCCCUGCACUGGGUGGCACCUACGUCCAGCGGGAGAACCUCUACAAGUACUUCUACGCCAUCUCCAACAUAGAAGUCAUCGGCAGGUGCAAGUGCAACCUGCACGCCAACCUGUGCACAGUGCGAGAGGGCAGCCUGCAGUGCGAGUGUGAGCACAACACCACAGGCCCUGACUGUGGCAAGUGCAAGAAGAACUUCCGUACACGGGCCUGGCGAGCUGGCUCCUACCUGCCGCUGCCCCACGGCUCUCCCAACGCCUGUGCCGCUGCGGGCUCUGCCUUUGGCAGUACCAACAGGUCCAGCAAAGACCAUGCCCCCAAAGCCCCUGUGGCCACUGAGGCCACAAAGAGGGGCCCUAUGACUUCUAUUCCCACCCAAGUCUCUACAGCUCCCAGCACCCCACAGUCCACAGGGCAGAUCAAGCCACCUGAUGUUGCCCCCCUUGGGGACAGCUCCCUCUGGCCCCAGGUGUCUACCAGUGCAGAAGCUGUGGCUGCCUCUGCUGCUGCCCCCUCCCAAGCCAAGGGCACCACACUUUUCCAGCUCAAGCCCAGAUCUCCUCAAGUGAUACCCAUUGAAGAAUUUCAAGACUGUGAGUGCUAUGGCCACUCCAACCGAUGCAGCUACAUUGACUUCCUGAACGUGGUGACCUGUGUCAGCUGCAAACACAACACUCGAGGCCAGCACUGUCAGCACUGCCGCCUCGGAUACUACCGAAACGGGUCUGCCGAGCUGGACGACGAGAAUGUCUGCAUUGAAUGUAACUGUAACCAGAUCGGCUCUGUGCACGACCGGUGCAACGAGACAGGCUUCUGCGAGUGCCGGGAGGGAGCGAUGGGACCCAAGUGCGAUGAUUGCCUUCCCACGCACUACUGGCGCCAGGGAUGCUACCCCAACGUGUGUGACGACGACCAGCUACUCUGCCUGAACGGCGGCACCUGCGUGCAGAACCAGCGCUGUACCUGCCCGCGCGGCUACACUGGCGUGCGCUGCGAGCAGCCCCGCUGCGACCUCGCUGAAGACGGCGGCCCGGACUGUGACCACGCGCCAGACACCGCCCCGCGCCCCGACACCCUGCUCGGAUGCCUGCUGCUGCUCGGGCUGGCCGCCCGCCUGGGUUGUUGAGUCCGCUCUAGGGGUCCGGGUGUCCCGGCCCGGCGGCGACACGGGUGCGGCUGAGCUGCUCCCAGGUGCUACUCGCAGAGUCCUCCCGUCCUCCCUGCUCCACCCGCGCUCACCGGCCUGCCCGGCACUGUCCUCGCCGCCCACAGGGGGCGCUGUGGAGCCCUAGCCCGGCAGACUGCAAUUAUCAGUUUUUUUCUUUUUUAUGACCCAAUGUCACAAUCAUUUUUCUGUUUUCCUCUUCCUCUUUUCCUUCUCCUUCUUUUCCCUCUUCCUGUCCUCCCCCCCCCACCUCUCCACUUCCUUCCCCCUCCUCCUUUCUUCUAGUUCUUAUUCCUCCUCCACCUCCUCCUCUUCCUUUCUUUUGCUGACUGUGAGACAGGGACUGGGGAGAAAUGCUGCUUAUCCCAACCCGCUGGUCCUGUCACCCAUACACAGAGAACUCUCGCGCACACCCCAGCGCCUGUUCCUAGCUGGCAUCACCAACCAGGGAACCCAGAACUCCAGUUGCCUACAACUCUAGUCGCUGACUUGACUCUCUUUUUUGUAUCUUUCUUUUUUCUCUCUCUCUCUCUCUCUUUUUUUUUUUUUUUUUUUUUUUUUUGCACUCACCAGAUCCCAGGCCCCCAAGGAGGCCUGGUGAUAGAGGAACUCACAGUCUGAGAGAGGGGUAGGACAAAGGGCAGGGAUGGGCGGAAACUUUGUUUUCUAGAGAACUAUUUUGUUUGUAUCCGCUGUCCCUUGUGAGGGGGGACUCGGGUGGGAGCUGGUCACCGAGGGUGGCUGAUGGUGUACAAGCCCACACACAGUAAAGGGAGUUCACAGCU